CAAGGAAAUGUUUAACGAAGCAUUCUUAUCAUAGCGCAGUAUAUAUGUACAGUCAAGGGAAGUUCAACUCACGUUCAACUGAGGACUUGCGUGGCCCGCGUGUCCACGCGCCACGCACGCGUGGUACCACGCAGUGCCCUGGGGCGAAGUAUCGUGUCCAAGUUGGUGAUUGGCAUUCAAUUGAAGCAAUUCAUAGCAACGGGAGUUCUAUAGUGGGUAAACGAGAUCGACCAGUGAAGUGGAAGUGCAGUGAAGGGAAGGAAGGCCUGGUCGACUGUCGGACUCGAAAUCAUGAAAGCAAUACUCCGGACUCCGGAUACGCAUGGGACCGCUACGUGUUUCCUUGGGAAUUUUGGGAAGACUUGAUCUCGCACCGAGUUCCUGUAUGGAAGAAAGGAAACGCUCGUAACUGUAAUCAGAUCAUCAUUGUAGAAUAUCGUGUGACUGAAGAAGCACUACGCAAAUCCCGUGUGGUCGUCCUUUUUAUCGCAUUUCAGAGUAUCACAGAAGUGGAGCACACUGGGAAAAAUCUAAUUGGCGCAGAAGUCGGUAAAUGUGGAAGAAUUAUUCCUAGUGAGGAGCGGAACGACGAACCAGGGCCUAAAAAUGCUGCAGAUCCUCCGGUCAGAGUGCAGGAAUUGAACCCACCAAUGAGAGAUGUACAAAAUUUGAGCGGUCCUGUGUCCGGUAACUACGCAGUGCCACUGACCUCACAAGGGCAUAAAAGCACCAAAAUUAACGCUGCCACUUCCUUCCAAGUUCAGAGAGCAGGAACCGAACCCACAGCAUUACCACCGACAGAGCCGGCACUAAUCAAAAUCACUCCGAACAUUGAAAGUUUUCGUAUCUCUCAUAAUGGCAACGGUCUCGUCAGUUGGUCGAGCCAACAAUGCAUAUCAUCGUAUCCCUCCAUGAAUUGGGGACUGAACGAAACGGUUGGACCUCGUAGCUCUUACGAAUAUAUGUUGGCGGAAAAGCAAACGGCCGCUAAUUAUGCUAGAAGAGCACCUUUUGUCAAAGCGAAGCCACCUGAGAUAGGACAUUUGAACACUCGGAUAUGA